CCUGAGAAUCCCAGGGACGGGGGAGCCUGGUGGGCUGCUGUCUAUGGGGUCGCACAGAGUCGGACACGACUGAAGUGACUUAGCAGCAGCAGCGGCAGCCAGUUGGUCUCUCUGAGGAUUAGUGCCUAUCGCUGACAGGUUAGCCAUUUCAGAGGCAAGAGUAGCUAGACUGACCUUGGUAAUCUAUAUGCAUGUUAGGGAAUGCAGUGGAUUCCCAUCCCCUAGAUCUUCCCUCCACCACUCUGACUCAGCUCUCUGCCCUUAGGAGGCUGACCUCUUUGUUACCACAUCAUCUGGGCUCCCCUGCCCAAUAGUUUUGAUCUGCUGGGAGGCCCAACAGAUCAGAGAGUAAGAGGAGAGAUUAUCUCCAGCUUCUUAUCUUCCAAGCCUUGGUUUUGCAGACCUGUCAAAUGACACAGCUCCUUUUGAGCCGACCUUUGUUUAGCUCUGAGCAUUCACAGGAUUCCAACAACAGUUCCCUAUUCUCAUUUCAGUGAGAAAUAGUCAUUGCCUCCCACUGUUUAUACACCAGAAUGCUUCUUCCACAUCCCCUGUUGGCUUCACAGUCUCUACAAUCAAACUAUCUUCAGUCUGAAUACUAUCUCUUCCUUCCAGGGCCCUAACUGACAUAAGAUAGAGUAUUUUCUUCCUUGCCUUUUAAAAUGAUGUGUAGACAGAAAACAUAUUUUCACCUUUCCUUAAUUCACUUGGCAAAUAUUUGCCAGAUCCUGCACUGUUCUUUGAGAAAACAGUGGCGAACAAGACAAAGGGGUAACUUUGUCUUGUUAAUAAAGAGGUAACUUCAAACAGUGAUAAAUGAUUCCCCUGAGUAAUCCUUCUGAAGACUGUCAGUGAAGCUUCCUUAGAUUGGACAAUCUGGGUAGGUCUUUCAGAGACAGUAAGGUUUAAGGACCUGAGGACCUUAACCUAAAGGAGGAGCUUGCUCAAAGAUCCGAGAGCAGGGUAUUCCAGAUAGUGAGGCAGUAGGCAAGGACAAAGGCCAAAGGAACCAUGAGCUUGGCUUUUUGAUACACAGAAGCUUCUGGAAUAUAGUGAACAAUACAUGCAGCUGAUGGGCAAUUUGCCUACGUGUUUGUAGCAAGAACGAAGUGCCAACUUAUAAUAUGGUGUUGACCUCUUUUCGAAGAAGACAAUCCAGUUUGCUGAGCAAAUACUUUUCAGGCUAUUUAUUGGUCAUACACUAGAUUUUAGUAAGUCCUUCUCUGUCUAACCACUCAACUGUAACCCCAAGUCACCUAAGGUCACAGCUCUGAAGUUGCAGGGGUGAGGUGCCAACCAUUCCUCUUUUACUCCAGUCUCAGAGGUACUUUUCUCCUCCAAGUUAAGGGAGUAAGGAGGAACAUGUCAGCUGAAGGUCCUCAGCAGUUUUAAGAGCCUUGUAAUGUGUCCAAAGAAGCUAAUAAAUCUGAAGAUACCCAGAGAGGGAGCAGGAAGAUAUAACAGGUCUUUUUUUUCCCCUCAAAAACCACUGCGGAUUUGCCCACAUUACAAAGAUCUGAGUUAGUCUGUUGUUUUUAUUUGAGUAUUACCAGAGUUAGUGGGAGACUAUGUAGGACCAAUUUUAGGAUAUAACAUGCCAAGUAGGAAUUUGAGCCAGCAGAGAAUGCGCCUGACUUCAGUCUUGCCCCCCUUUCUUAAAAAAGACUGUUCCAGCCUCUUGAUUAUCACUCAGAUUUUCCUACUUUAACCACGUGUUAAAGAAUAUACAGAAUCACAGUAUAGCUUAAAUGUGGUACAUACUGGAUGAUUAUUUUUGGCCAUAUUGUGUUUCCAUUGGGCUUCACUGAUGGCUCAGAUGGUAAAGAAUCUGCCAGCAAUGCUGGAGACCCGGGUUCAAUCCCUGGGUUGGGAAGAACCCCUGGAGACGGACAUGGCAACCCACCCCAGUAUUCUUGCCUGGAGAAUUCCAUGGACAGAGGAACCUGGCGGGCUACCAGUCCGUGGGACCGCAGAGUCGGACAGGACUGAGCGACUAACACUUUCUUGUGCUUCCAUUACAGAAUGAAGCUAUCAGCUCAUCAAAAGUUGGAGUUCUUUCCCCCUAUCUUUUGCACUUGUUAAAAGUCUCAAUUUUCUCAAAGGAAAGCCUUUACCUAGGUCAGUAAUUGUAAAACUUAUUACAAUUGUCUGGCACAUAAUAAAUGGUGAGAGUAUUAAAGAUUCUCACUCCUCUGCCAGGCGCAAUCCCGAUUAACUGCGUCUGUGUGAAUACACAAGAGGUCCCUUUCCGCCACCAAACGGCGCUAGGGCACCAUCCAGAAACGAGUCACUAAGUUGGCCCUAGGGUUUGAAGUUUUGAACUCUUAAAAAAAGUGUCACAAAGGUUAAUUCACAAGUUUAGGGGAAUCUUCCCAAGAAAUGAGUGAUGCCGCAGCCAGCGGUGGGCUGCAGAAGGCGCUCUCAGCCUCUGGGUGCACCUCACACCUCUUGGGAUUUUGAAGCUGGAACUCCGGCUGGGGAGUCGCAGGGGUGCGGGAGCGGCAGUGGGUGCAGCCCGACGCCGACAGCAGGUAAGGGCAGAGGUGAGUGCUGAACGCUCUGGGCUCGCCGGGCGCGCUCGGGGGGUGCUCGGAGGAGCGGGCUUCCUUCCCGCCCCCGCCCCCUCGCCGCGCCGGGCCGCCGGGGCCGCUCCUCCCCUGGGUGGGUCCCGGCUCCUUUUCUGGCAGGGUCUAUUUGCAUAGAGGAAACAGCCCAAAGUGGCCGCUGUGGAGGAGCUGGCAGCGGGGUAGGGGGUGUGCGCCGCGGUCCAGCAGCUGCCCAGAGGCCGAGCCCCGCGCCCGGCCGACCUCGUGCCUCGGGCUCUCCCGACCGCUCCCACACGCUCAGCCCGCUUCCCGGGGCUCUGUGCACCGCCGGCUCCGAGAGCUCAAGCUCGACGAGCGCGCCAUGAGUCCAGGCCGGCGCGCCUGCGAGGACAAGCGGAACGGAGACGCAGCUGGCGGCGGCGGCGGACCCGUGAGCCCCGCGACUGGAGCGCGGGCCUGGGCGGUGAGCGCGCUGUGCCUGCUGCUCUCCGCGAGCUCAGCGGUCGCCUGCCUGCUGCUGGCCGUCCAGGCGGCCGCGCUACAGGGCCGGGUGGCGGCCCUCGAGGAAGAGCGGGAGCUGCUGUUGCGCGCGGGGACUCCCGACGCCUUGGCCGCCUGGGCCGAGCCGCGGCUGGAGCGCCUGCUGCGUGAGAAGUUGGAGGGACCAGUCAAGAUCCGGACAGUUCGAGAAGCACCGACAGACUGUGUCUGCCCCCCAGGCCCCCCUGGACGGCGUGGCAAGCCCGGAAGAAGAGGUGAUCCCGGUCCUCCUGGGCAAUCGGGACGAGAUGGCUACCCGGGGCCACUGGGUCUGGAUGGAAAGCCUGGACUUCCAGGCCCCAAAGGGGAAAAGGGCACACCAGGAGACUUUGGCCCCCAGGGAGAUCCAGGGCAAGAUGGAGCUGCUGGGCCUCCAGGGCCUCCAGGACCCCCUGGGGCCCGGGGCCCUCCUGGCGACACUGGGAAAGAUGGCCCCAGGGGAGCACCAGGCCCAGAGGGUCCCAAAGGAGAAGCUGGACAAGAUGGUGCAACGGGCCCGAGUGGAUCCCCAGGCCCCAAGGGGGAUGAUGGGAUACCAGGCCCUCCAGGGCUCUCUGGACCCCCAGGGCCCAAGGGUCCCCCGGGCCUCAAGGGCGAACAAGGAGACACAGUGGUAAUUGACUACGAUGGCAGGAUCUUGGAAGCCCUUAAGGGUCCUCCUGGGCCACAGGGGCCCCCAGGGCCACCAGGGAUCCCCGGAGCCAAGGGCGAACUCGGAUUGCCUGGUGCUCCUGGAAUCGACGGAGAGAAGGGUCCCAAAGGACAGAAAGGAGAUCCAGGAGAAGCCGGACCAACAGGACCCAAAGGGGAAGCAGGAGAGAUGGGCUUGUCAGGCCUCCCGGGUGCCAACGGCCCCAAGGGAGAGAAGGGAGAGUCGGCAUCUGACAAGCUACAGGAGAGCCUGGCCCAGAUCAUAGCAGAGCCAGGGCCCCCAGGCCCUCCUGGUCCCCCAGGCCCCAUGGGCCUUCAGGGGAUGCAGGGUCCCAAGGGCUUGGAUGGAGCAAAGGGAGAGAAGGGCUCAUCGGGUGAGAGAGGACCCAGUGGCCUGCCUGGGCCAGCUGGCCCACCAGGCCUUAUUGGGCUGCCAGGAACCAAAGGAGAGAAGGGCAGACCCGGGGAGCCAGGACUAGAUGGUUUCCCUGGACCUCGAGGAGAAAAAGGAGACCGGAGCGAGCGUGGAGAGAAGGGGGAUCGCGGUGUCCCAGGUCGGAAAGGAAUGAAAGGCCAGAAGGGCGAGCCGGGACCCCCAGGCCUGGACCAGCCUUGUCCUGUGGAGAAUCUUAGAUGCAGAGGCAGGCGAGGGGCGCCAGGUUCCAGGGGCCUGGCCAGGGGCGGUGGACCCUGCCCGGCGGGCCCCGAUGGACUGCCUGUGCCUGGCUGCUGGCAUAAGUGAUCCUGAGCACGCAGUUCACAACCUGUAUAGAUCCAUGUGGACAUUUUUAAUUUUUGUAAAAACAAAACAGUAAUAUAUUGAUCUUUUUUCACGGGAUGCAACACCAAUACUUGUGGCCUUUUAACAUCUGAGAGUGUGCCCAGCCCAGCCCCAGGACAAUCAGUGUGUGAAGCUGGCAGGAAAGCGGACAGGCCCCCUGGGGGCUCUGUGUACCUGCAGGGCUCCCUCGGGGCUUGGCUUUCCAGGAAGGAGAUGAAAGUAACUUGCCUGGCUCAGGAGAGGCUGCAGAGAGGCCAGGUUGGGCUUUCAGUCACUUGAGAGCAGAAACUCCGGCUGCUCCGCUGCCCUGCAAGAGCCUGCCCUCUGAAGCUCUGGAACCCCAGGCCAUGCCAUCCACAAAGGCUCGUGGCAUAAAUAGCAAACAACUGAUCUUGGCUUCUCUGGCCUCUGCACUCAGCCACACCCAGCUGCCCACCGCUCUGGGCCCCCUUAGGCCCUGGGUUCACCAGGGCAGGACGGGACUUCCACUCAGCACUCAUAGCUGGAGCUGUGGGAAGCAACCUAAGUGGGCUGAGCUCCCAUCGAGUGCUGUAGGCCUCAGGAACCAGCCUGCCUGCUGUGAAAACAAGUGUCCUCUGGCCAGGAGUGAAGGCCAGGCUCUGUGAUCACUACCACGUGGACCCAGCAGCAGGGAGCCCUGUGAUCCUCGAGCGCGGAGGUCCCAGGCUGGAAUGUCUGUUUCCUGUUUUUCACCACACCCCCACCACAUGAGGGACGUGAUGGGACUGCCAGCCUGAGGAGAUGGACCGCCAGCUCAGAGUUUGGGCCUCGAUGGCCCCAAGUCUCCCCACCCAGGGGAACUCUGGUCAGCCUCCCAAAAAUGAGUCCUCUGAGUGAGCUAUGCAAAUGAAAAGAGCCUCAGGGCUGCUUUCACGCCUGAGUAGGUGGCCUGUGCCCUCAGCCAAUGAUGCUCUGAGAAGAGGUUCCCCCUUCUGACAAGGGGCCCCAGCCACCAGCUCCAGACCAGCUACUUGCCUCCCCUCUCUGUGUAGACGGAUAUUGUUGUAUGUAAUAAAUCACGAAUGUGGGUC